AUAGACGGAUUUCUCGGUUUUCAAAAAAAAAAAAAAGUGCACUUGUAUAUCAGUGAGAUCAUAGGGGGUGGAGUUUGGUUCUUAUGAGUGUGCUUAAUCUUUUUUUUUUGUUCCGGUUUCUCCUCGAGUAAACCUGUAAUUCCUUUGUAUGUUCCAUGUACUUGUCAUGAAUUGAGUCAUGAAAAGGCUUUAUUGUCUCAAUUUUUUCAUUUAAAUUAUUUAACUCAUUAUCUCGUACCUUAUCUAGGUUUUGAUUACCAAAAGUACUAUUUCUAUCGGGAUUCAUAAGGACUUGGUGAAAAAUAAAAACUUGUAGUCAUGAAAAAAAGCUCUCAGGCACACUUCCCCAAAAUUCUCUCUCCUACUUUCUAGGAGAGAGAGCACCCUCUUUCCGGCAGGUCGCCUGAAAACUACCAACCUCAUCCUCCCCUCAGCUAUAUCCUUCUGCGAUAGCUUUCUCCCUUCCUUAACUUCAGCUCCCUUCCACAGACAUGGGGGAAAAUAGGAUUUAUUUCCAUGCUGGUUUCAAGUCAUUCGAUAUUACCAGAUGGACAUCUGGCGAGGAAGUCUGGUUUGAUUGGGUGGAGGCGUGGAGCGCAGUAGAAACAUGAUGAGAAGAAUAACUCUCAGCAAAAAAGUGAUGGAGUGGAUCUGUUUUGUCUUGAAAGAAGCCUCAAACGACAACAAGAAUUUUGUGAGGAGAUGGAGAAUGAAGGACCAAAUGGCAGAGUAUUUUAGUACAAGGUAGUUUAAUGCUCAUGGAAGAUUUAUGAGUCUUUUGUCUCUAAAAGGAGCAGACAGAGCAGUAGUUAUAUUGCCAGAAGCUUUCAAUGCUGGUUGGAAAGACAUUGCACUCAAGAUAGGAAACUUCAUUAAUUACUCACCACCAAGAACAUUAAUAGCUCCUCACAGAAUGGUUGAUUCUAACCACUCGUAUGUCAAGGUUGUUGAGAACAGUAAAUGGCUUUUAUCUACCUCUGAAGCUCCAGAAAGCAAAAGGCAGGAGGUUUCCACUAUUGCUACAAUUGAGUAUGGCAGAGGUUUGCUUGGAAGAUGUAUCACAGGAAACUUUGGCAAUCUUGGCUUUGAGAUGCCUACCCUCUCCGAGGUUAGGAAAUGGGCAUCGUCAACUUGGAAGAAAGUUUUUGGGGUUAACAUCUACGAGAUGAUAGACAACACUUUCCUUUUUGAAUUCCCCAAUAGGAAUAUGGCUGAGCAGACACUUCAAGGAGGGUGGACCUGGAAGAAAUCUAGGGUUCGUUUGGAAUGGUUUGGGUGCACUCCGGCGGCACAGAAGAGCAAAACGACUUGGAUCAGAGCGAUUGGGAUACCUCUUCACUUAUGGUCGCAUGAAACUUUUCGACAAAUUGGAGACCUUUGUGGUGGCUGGAAAUCGACGGAGGAAGAGACUGGUUUGAAGAAUCACCUUAAAUGGGCUCGAAUCGAAGUAAAGGGGCCAUAUAAAGUGGUAGUUUUUACUUGGUUGGUGGUGAAAGAGGUUGUACUUACACAAGAGAAUCUUAUGAAGAGGGGAAUACAAAUGUGCCCAAGAUGUUGUUUUUGUGAGCAGGUUGCAGAGACAAUUAAUCAUCUGUUCUUACAUUGUAAAGUGGUUGGCCAGUUGUGGAAUUUGUUUACUAGCUUCAGAGGUAUAAGUUGGACUGUUCCAGGGAGAACAGGACAGGCUCUAGAAAGCUGGAAUAGGGAGGGCAGUGGCAGCACAGACAAGAGUAGAUGGAAAAUUGUCCCAGCUGUUAUUUGGUGGACCAUAUGGAAAGAAAGGAAUUCUAGGAAUUUUGAUAACAAGAGCAGCCCUCUGCACAAGAUUAAAAUGAACUGCAUUAUCACUUUUUGCUAUUGGUGUAGUUCAGAGUAUAUAGAUGACCCUGUGGCUAUUGUAGACAUUUUAGGGUCCUUAUAAAGAUGAAAGGAGGAUCUAGGGAUAGUUUCUCUUUUUUCUUCUUUUCUUUUCUUUAUCUUUUGUUUAUGCCCGCCACACAUGUGUGGAGGGAGGAUAUGAUGUAAAUUUUUGGAUACCAGCUUUGAGCUGAUGAUUGAUAUACAAAUGUUACCUUUAUCAAAAAAAA